AUGGGCAGAUUACUCCUCUCGUCGAGCCAAGUCUCGGUCAUUCUCUCUGCUGUCAUCGUUUUCCUCUUCACCCUCGCCCUCUUCCUCUCUGGCUAUGUCCUCCAACAAAGAUACGUCCACAACCUGCAAGCCGCCAUCAGGCCGCGGUUACCCAAACCGCUGCCUGCGCCCAUACCAAUAGACCCGCCGACACUCGAUGCGAAAUGGGCAAGACCCAUGGGCGGCCGACCGGACGUGGACGAAACGUAUGCGCAAUAUCUGGCAGGGCAGACUAUGGACUGGAGUCGCCUGGGUUAUGUGCAGAUGGUGCGCGAGCAUGCGGAAUUGUGCAGCGCCGUCAUGCUGCUGUCUGACCUGGCGAAAAUGAAGAGCCCUGCGAAACGGAUCCUCAUGUUCCCACGGCUGUGGGUGCUGCCAACCGAGGAUGACAAGUACGGGCCGGACCUGUCGACGACACGGCGACUGCUGCGAACCGCUGCGCGACGAUAUGGAGUGACUUUGAUGCCCAUGGAGCCCAUAGUCAAGGGCGCAGAUGACACACUGCCGUCUUCCUACUCGCUCGCCAGCCUCUAUUCGCUGGUCGAUUACGAACGCAUACUGUACCUCCAGGGCCCAGGCCUACUCUUGGACGCCUCUGCGCUCGACUCGUUGCUCGCCUUCUCCAAGUCAGAGCCCAUGGCUGCCUUCCCGGCAACAGCAGAACGAAGAGACCUGUCGACGUCGCUGUUGAUGGUUCAUCCAUCGCAACAGAGCUUCGCGCAAUUGAAGGCUAUGCGGCAGUCCAAGCCAAGCAGUGAUCUCCACCUGUUCCGGGCCGUCUUCUCGGCACCAGAGUCCCUGAUGUCGGAGUGGUCGCUGUCCAUGGGCAACGUCGUGUACGAGUCGCAAGCGCUUCGCAAGGCAGGCGAUGGAUUCAAUGCGACGACGUUUGAGCAAGCGACGACGUUUGUGCGCCUCUCGGAUCCAGAGCUACCAGGACCCGAGUACGAUGUACCGUUUGCAGAGCGGGCCAAGGUGCGGCCGCAGAACGAGCAGGCGCAGGAGGCGUGGAGCAAGCUGUACGAGCGGUUCCGGCAACGACGCAUGGAAGUGUGCGGGCUAGACCUCGAGACGUAUCAGCCUGUGGGACUGCAAAUGGCAGACGAGGUGGGAGAGCUUGCGUGA